AUGUCCUGCGAGCGCUUACUCACUGACGCGAUAAGUGGCGGAGACAGAGAUCUAUUACAAACUCUCAUAAACGUGCAAGAUUCAGUUAAGGAGAAACUUCAGGAGAUUCGUGUUAGUCCAUGGGACAAGACGUUGCUGCAUGUAGCGGCGGAAACUAAGGGCAAUUCUCAAGUCAUUGAUCUGCUCACCGAGAUAUUUCCUGAAGUAAAUGUAAAGACUCCGCGGGGGAAGACGCCGUUGCAUUGCGCAGCGGAUGUGAACAUCGCCAGGAAACUUCUGGAGACUGGAGCCAAAGUUAACGAAACUGAUCAAUUUGGAGAGACACCCGCCAUGGCCGCCGCGAGGAACAAUCAUUGGGACGUAGUGGAAUUUCUCAUCAUAUACAACAGUUGCGUCACAAAUACAUCAAACAAGUUUGGUCAAACCUUGCAGAGUAUGGCCACGCUUUGGGAAGCUCCUUCUUCGGUGAAAAAACUUCUCCAAGCCCAGUUGUAGGUUAUCCGA